CUAACUUACAAGAUCGUGAGAGUAAAUCUACCGGUACCAGAGCAACCUAGCGAAGCCCUGCUGCCAGAUCUCGUCCACUCGAGCCUCGGUUGCCGCCAGCCCUUGCCUCUGCAGAAACUAGCGCCGCCGAGGCGCCAAAAAGCACUCAAUACAGCAAGCCCGCCAAACCAGCAGCACAAACCAUGAUCCUGAGGACCCUCACGCUGGCCGCCGCGGCCCAGGGCCUCGCUCUCACGCGGAGUCGGCCACGCACGCGGCUGCAGGCCGAGAAGCCCGCCUGGGCCGACGCCGUCAAGGACGAGGCCGUCGCCGAGGACGUCGUCGCGGACAGCCCGUCUUUAUUUGACUUUUUUGGAGGCGCUUCGGUAAAUUCGGAAGCCGCCAAGGCCCUGAAGGAGGAGAUGCGGAAGAUGGCUGCUACUGUGGAUGCUGCCGUGGCCGACGCGCAAAAGGCGCAGAAACAAUAUGCCCAAGCUGUCAAUAAUGCGGAACGCGCCGAGAAGGCCGCCGUCCAGCGGGAAGAAAGAGCCAUCAAGGCCACGGAGGCGGCCAAGGAGGCGGCUUCUACUUUGAGAGGCCCGCCGCCGGCCGCCGAACUCGAGAGGGCGAAAGUAGAAGGCGAGGCCGAGGCGGAAGAACAGAUCGCCGCCUGCAAGGUGAGGGAAGCGGCGGCGUUCGAGCGCACCGCCAAACUCAUCGAGCAGCGGGAAGCGGACGUCAAGAAGGCCGUCGAGGAGAACCGCGCUUUGCUCGCGGCGGCGGAGACGGAGAAGAAUCGGGCGGAACGAGCCCAGAAGGCCGCGGAGCAGCGGCGCGACGCGGCCAUCGCGCAGGCGAAGAACAUCGCCGAUUCGUCUGUGAGACGCGCCGAGGCCGAAGUCGAGCGCCUAAAAAACGAGGCGUCCGGCACGGCGACGAAGAUCGACCCGACGGCCGCGGCCGUCGCCGGCGGCCUGUGCGGUUUGCUCCUGUGCAACACUGUCGGGUUGGCGCAGCUGGAUUUGCUGGGGGCGGGCGCCGGCGCGGCGGCCAUGUUCGCGGCGCUGGACUCCAUGGGUGCUCCGGAGAAGGAGAAGGUCGAGGCUAAGUAGAUUUUAUGCG